GGAAAGCUAUAGUUCACGCUACAACAUAUACUAUACAUUAUCAGGUUUGACAGUAAAUUCUUCUUAUCGAAAAAUAAUCAUCUGUGAUUGGUUAAUGUCUUGCCUAUAUGCAAUGAGAAUUACGUUUGUGUGAUAUUUCAUUUUAUUAUAAGGAGCAUCAGCUGUUCUGUUGGAUAUCGUAUCCUAUUGUCGAUAGUUUCUUGUAGAAUUUAAAAUCCAAAAUGAAUCUGACAGCUGCGAAGAUUUUUGUAACUUCAAGAGGUGCAAAAUGUGCUCUUGAUAGAGGGACGCACAUGUCGUUACUCGAUAAUGUAAAUAUGCAGGCAAGAUGCAAGAGCAAAAUGACGAGGCCAAAGGCUUUUGAGACGAAUAAAUAUAAAAAAGUAGAAGACCCAAUUGGAUUAUAUGGUUAUUGCUUGUUGGGUAUACCUAUUGCUACCUUUGCACUUGGCACAUGGCAAAUUAAGAGAUGGAGAUGGAAAUUGGAUCUAAUAGAUAAGUUAAAACAACGUACUUCAGCAGAACCAAUUGAUCUGCCAUCCGACUUAAAUGAACUGAAAGAUAAAGAAUUCUAUCGUAUGAAGGUAAAGGGCAAAUUUUUAUAUGAAAAAGAAUUUUUGAUAGGACCUAGAAGUCUUAUUCUCAAUGGAGAAGCUGUUAGUGAAAAGAGUGGUGGAAUAUUUUCUCGUAAAGCAGGUUCAGGAUAUUACGUAAUUACACCUUUCAAACUGGAAGAUCGGGAUUUGACCAUUAUGGUGAAUCGUGGAUGGAUUCCCAGAGGUGAUCGCUCAGCGUUCAAAAUGGAAAAUAAGAUUACAGACUCCGUAGAAAUUGUCGGCAUUAUUAGAGUGUCUGAAAAGCGACCUCCAUUUAUACCUGACAAUACUCCUGCGAAAGGCGUAUGGCAUUACAGAGAUUUAAAUGCGAUGGCAAAGAUAGCGGAAGCGGAGCCAGUGUACAUAGAAUUAUUGACCGAGUACGGUACACCCCAAGGUCCGAUCGGAGGUCAAACAAAAGUAACUUUAAGGAAUGAACAUUUCAGUUACAUACUCACUUGGUAUUCACUGUCCGCCUGUACAAGUUACAUGUGGUUUCGACAAUUUGUGCAGAAGUUACCUCUCCUUUAAUCAUCGUAGAUCUCUAUCUGAUACUCGUAAGAAAAAAGAAAAAAUAUAUAAAAAUGUAAUUACGUGUA